CGACCGAGGAACAACGCUACGUUCGCGGGCACAAGCGCUCGGGCCCUGAACCGUGCGGAACGUCAAAUUCUACAAUGCUGCUUUUCAAUCAAUCGCCGUGAAUGUUCGUUACAUAAUACCGCCCGAUGGUUCGAAAUUACCGCGUUUGUUGACAAAACUCGCUGAUUUUUCCGCUAGCAGUAAGACCGUGAUCGGAUUGUUACCCUCAGGUGGUGGAUUUUUUUUCUAGAACAAAAGAAUAAGAACAGAAGUGUUUCGGAACCAUAUAAGAUGGGGUCUUUGAAAACGUGUUUGAGUUCAGCGUUGACGAUUGUUGUGUUAUUUAGUUUACUCGAUGCCGGUGAUGCACUUUUGUGCUACGCAUGUAACAGCAGAUACGACCCAAGAUGUGCUGAUCCGUUCAAUCCGUACUCUCUAGGAAUUAUGAACUGCAGCAUGAUCGUACCUGCCGUACCUGAUGUCAAGCACAAUAUUUGCAGGAAAAUGACGCAAAAAAUUUACGGCGAGGUGCGUGUAUGGCGCGGUUGUGGUUAUAUUGCUGACGAACGCGACGACAAGGAAUGCGUGAAACGCAGUGGCACGCACGACGUGCAGGUCCACUAUUGUUCCUGCACAACCGACUUCUGCAACGGUGCGAGCGUGUCCUUGCCGUCCCUGCUCCUGGUGGCACCCGUUCUGGCCGCUACGGGCGUAUUGGGCGCGCUGAUGCGAGUGGCGUAACCGAAUGUGGUGUGAUUUUACUUCCUUUUGCAAAAUUUCUGGCUCACUACAUAAAUCUUAGCGAUGCAUUAAAAUCUUUGCGGUCAAAUAAAGUAUUCAAUACUUCGGCUGGUUAGAAGUUUCCU